AGUGACGUUUGUUCUUCUUCACUUAAUCCACCAACAAGCCAUUUAUUUCUCCUAACUCAAGUUUGCAACUGCCAGGGGCGCAUUGGGUCGUGCUCACUCUCCAUAGGUCAUACACCAGCGGAGGAAGCCUCCUUAGUUAUGAGCACAAUUUCUCCCGAACCAACAGCAACGGAAAACCCAGCGGAACAGUUAACUUCUUUAGAUUCCAUCGAGGGCAUUGUUCAACUAGUCACAUUGGCGCUUCGAACUGAGUUCAAAAAUUCUAUGGAAAAGGCGUUGCGUGGCGAUUUCGACCUCGAGCAGCGAUUGAUUACAGAGGUCUCCGAACUUGAAGAUAAAGUAACUCGACUUGAUGAAGAAUUGCAGUUGGGUACCAGCCGACUUGAGCGAGCUGUUUAUCGUUCCACCAGCAAUCGCCGUCGUCGUUUAAUCCUUCAACGUCGUCAUUUACGUCGUCGUCGUAAACUGUGAGACCGUCUGUGUCCUGUCUUGUCUUGUCUUGCAGGUCGUCUUCAGAUCGAGUAUUGCAUUGCAGUGUACAUCUCACUAUUUCUGUUUGCCCACUCCACCUGGAUUGUUCUGUUUUCUGUCUACCUUUUUUGAUUGUCGACUCCCCAUUUACCAUGCGGAACAUCCUCGCUAAGAAUUCAUCCUUUUGAAUCGACAUCGGUCGGACCCAGCCCGGGCAGAGCCAAUCUGCUUCAGUAAAUCCCUCACCGGCAAGUC